GCUGUGGUGGGAGUUCUGUGAGGUGUUCUUUCUAACUUAUAUAUCUUUUCCCUCCUUCCUGUUUGUGUGUGCGUGUUGCUCUCUCUAUCUUUCUCCUUCUUGGGCUGCAAAACUGCAACGUACACUACUCUUCACUCGGAUACAAGCUGCUUCUGCUGCUGUUUCUUGUUAUUGUUAUUUUAGCGAAUGUAUAAACACCCAACGACGGACACGGCUGUGGUGGCGGCAGGGGACGAUGUACAGACGGCACCGGAGCGUGCUUCCCCCUCCCAUACCGGCGCCGUGGCCACGCCAAGUCAGACAUCGGAUGCGCGCUCCCCCGCGGUGCCGCGCCACAUCACCACUCAGCUGCACUGCCAGGCAGCCGUGGUGCGUGUGGGCGAGCACUUCGGUGAGUUUGAGUGCAACGUGUUCCGCCAUGUCAAGUCACACGGGGCGCGCACGGGGUCCCGUAAGAUGGGUCCGCUGGCCGCAGCCGGCGUCGCAGCAGCGACGUCGUCUCCGCCGUCCCCGGCAGCAGGGGCAGCGGCAGCAACGGACGAUGACAACAUGGAGGCGGAUGAACACAAUAGUGACCACCACGACGCCUCCCUCGCUCCAGCGCCGACUCGCAGCGGGAAGACAGCUGUGACCGAUUCAGGUGCCCUCGACGACAACGCCUUAAUUCCUGUUGAUUGCAGGGAAGAGAACGUGCCACGGUGGCAGCUGCUCAUUUACACCAUCCUCCACGAUGCACAGGGCGCAACGACGGCCAACAAUCAAAACCCAACCCUGUCCACGACUACGUCUACCAGCACGAUGGCGACGGCGAGGACGAGGUCUCCCACGAACACCAACGCCAGCGCAGACGGGGCUCUAGGUGGCGCAGGAGAGUCGAAGGAGCCUGCGUCGAUGGAUGAGUUGCCGCUGCCGGCGAACGGCAAGGUGUACUUCUUCCAGACGCUUCCGGCGUCAAAGCUGAACAAGGUGGUGAAGCUCGACGCCGGCUGCCGCUUCACUGUACAGGUGCGUUGUUACUCGCGUCCCACGGCGCAGUGGAGUCCGUGGUCGGAGCCCGUGCAGACCGCCACGCUAUUUCCUGUCGUGACGCGCAUCGUCGAGAUCGGCUCCGACUACGUGCACUGCAUAUGGGACCGCGCCGCGCAGCGUAGCGAGGAAGGCAUCGCGAGGGAGAUCGACUCUGAGACGACGGACUGGUGUCGCAGCAUUCCUAACUUCGAGCUGCGCUUCCUGCGUGAGUCGGACAUGGCAGAGCACUACUGCGGCUCUUUCGAGGCCGGCUGCCGUUCUCAAACCGUGCGUUCCCUUCAGCCCGGGACGGCUUACAUCGUGAUGGCGCGGUACAUGACGAUGAUUCACACCAUGCGGGAGUGGACGGAGGUGACACGCCUCGUCACGGAAAGCCCGCUGGAGGUGAAGUUGGAGGCACGCGGCGAGGACACCUUCACGUUUAGCUGGGGCCGGUCAACGAACGCGGACGACGCGGCAGCCAGCAAGAUCUCCGCCUUGGCCAAUGCGGAGCCCUCCGCGACGGCGUUUCUCGAAGACGGUGACGACUCCACCGCCGCUCCGGUCACGGCGUCGGUGGCUGGGUAUUUGCUGCCGCGCGUCCCGGUGCACGAGUACGAGCUCAUCAUCGAGAGCGACGACCUCCGCUUCGACCCAAUUUCGGUCCCCGCGUCGGUCAACCAGCACACGAUGGACCACGUCUACCCCAGCACCUCCUACUCCGUCUGCGUGCGGGCCCUCUCCGAGGAAGGGCGGUGGGGCGGGCGCUCGCUGCCGCUUGUCGUGCGGACGGCGGACCGCCCGGUAGUGGCGGUGGCGGCGGUGGGCGAGUCCUUCGCGUCGCUUUCGUGGUCGCGCAGGCAAGAGGAACCGCUGGAGUCGCAGCUGGAGUACCGCGUGCAGAGUUUGACGUCUGCCUACAACCAAGCCGAGACAAUCACGCUUCCUCCUGCCUCGGCUGCGGCCCCGCGCCUGCUGAACGUGGAACACCUUCGCGCCGGCAGCCAAUACACCGUAACCCUGCGAGUGGCCAUCGGUGCGGCGUGGGGCGGAUGGACGGAGCCGCUGCGCUUCACCACCGCUCCGAGUGCGGCACUGACCUUUCUCGAGCGCGGAGAGGACUUCUUGACGCUUAACUGGCCCUCCACCGGACCCGCUGCUUCCUGCAACAACAACGCCAGCGACGGGGCCCCCGCCGUCUACAACAUCGUGGUGAUCAAGUGCAGCCCGCUGGGGGAGCGCACCGCCGUGCUCAACGAGCGUGUAACGCGAGACUCGACGCAGCGCGGCUUCCGUGUAAACGACUUGGAGGCGAACAUGACCUACGAUGUGCAGUGCCGGACCUGGCAGCGCAACCCCAUCACCGGCUUCGAGGGCUGGGGUGAGUUCUCUGCCCCGGUGCGCAUGCAGACCCUGCAGCCCGUCGCCCUGCAUGUCUGGGACGUCGGGGAGGACUUCAUCCACGUGGUGUGGCGCCGCGGACUGGCCGAGCAAGGCGACUCCCCAACCGUCGCCGGCGGUGACCCCAACCGCGACGCCGCCGCAACCGGGACGACGACGGCUGAUUGGGACCGCCUGAAGUACGAGGUCGUCGUCGGCUGCGUGGACACCGGCGAGGACGAGCUUCUGCACCGCCAGGUGCUCGACACGAGCUUUACGAUUUCGCAGUUGAAGCCGUCCACCACCUACACCAUUUCCGUCCGCGCGUGCGACGAGCAGGGGCAGUGGGGCCUGUGGAGUCGUGUGAAGGUGCUCACGCUCGCCUCGGUCAAGACCACCAUCAAUGAAAUCGGCGAGGACUUUGUGCGACUGGUGUGGCAGCGCUGCGGUACCGACGACAACGCUGACCUGCAAGACGUGACGACGGCGGACAUUUUCGUCGCCAAAUACAGCGUCCUCGUCUACGCAAAGGAGCUGCCGGGCAUGCCGGUCUUCCCGCAUGUGCAGAGCGGCUACGAGGAAGGCGGCGGCCGCUCCGACGUGGCGCGGCACGAAAUCGUCUCGAGCGAGCACACCUCCCUGCGCGUGGGCGACCUGCUGCCUGACCGCGAGUACGUGGCGGUGGUGCGCGCUGCCACCUCGAGUGGGCGAUGGGGCCUGUGGAGCGUUCCAAUCCGCUUCCGCACCAACCCCCAGUUCCGCAUCCCGGCGCAGCAGCUCACGAUUGGUGAGAACUACGUGAGUGUGGUGUGGAGCCGCGCCGAUGGCCACGGCCGGCAGCACGAGAGCGGCAAACUGUUGACCGACGCGGACGACGCGGAGGUGCAUCGGGGUGACUUGACGGUCACCGGGCAGGAGCUGCGCAUCCACGGCGUCACCACGCAGUACGUGAAGGAGUACGCGGUGGAGCCGGAUGUGCGGGAGCUGAAGAUGUCGGAGCUGCUUCCCGCCUGCGCCUACACCAUUCAGAUACGCGUGCGUGGCCGGUCUGGCUGCUGGGGACUGUGGUCGAGCCCGGUGCACAUCCUUACCCGCGGCACCAUCGCAGUGACGCCGGACGAAGUGGCGGAGGACUUUAUAUCCGUGCGGUGGGAGCGGCGGAAGGUGUCCAACCCCCACCAGUACCCCACCGGCCGCGGCAUCGUUACGUCCUAUCACCUGCGCGUGUACAACGAGGACGGGGUGCACAUGGAGACCUUCCUCGGUGACGGCGACUGCCCUUACCGCGUAACGGGACUGAAGGCGAAUACCUAUUACUGCAUCGAACUGAAGGCGAACUACAACGACGAGGAGUGGGGUCUGUGGAGUGUGCCGCUCUGGUGCCUGACGAUGCAGCCGAUGCGCAUUCAAACAAAGCUCAUCUCUGAGGAGUUCUGCUGCCUGCAGCUUGUCCGACCGAAUCAGCAGCGGCGGCUCCCCGAGGACGACGGCAACCCUCAGACGGAGGAGCGCGUGCUGGCGCACGGCCGCGUGCGACCGACAAUCAUGCUGUGUGUGACGUCACCGAUUCUGUCCAAAUCGCCCUACAACACGACCGCUUCCACGGCGUCCUCCGGCUCUGCGCAAACCAAGCCCGCCUACUUCAACGACGCUCUCCCACCCGAUGCAGCAGACCAGCGUCUCGUGUAUCAGACGGAGUUGCUGAACAACGCGGAGACGGUGGAGCACACCGUGCCGAAUCUGCGUUGCAAUACCGUUUACAGCGUGUCGGUGCGUACGAAGCUGGCGAAUGGCGAGUGGGGCAUGUGGUCCCCCUCUCUCGUCUUUGCGACGGUCCCCGCCACGCGCGUGUCCUUCACGGGUAUCGGCGAGAGUUUUGUAGGAGUGGAGUGGGUGCGCCACGCGCAGGUCAUUCCUCCGCAGAUUACUUCGCCCGAGAAGGUGGUCUUGGGCGUGGCCACCAUCACCGCAUCCCGCGUCCGCGUACGGGAGAGCGGUGGCGCCUACCAGCACACCUACACCGUCGAAGGCGCCAUCACGUCUAUCCGCGUUGACCACCUCUCCCCUGCCACCACCUACAUGGUGUGCGUGCAGACCUUCAACGACAACUACGAGUGGGGCGUGUGGAGCGAGGAGCAGAAGGUGCGGACUGUGCCGGGGAUGGACAUCCACAUUCAGCACGUCUCCGAGGACUCACUGUGGGCGUCGUGGUCGCGCAAGACUGACCUGCACGUCGGCGGCGACGCGGACACCGUCUUCAACGUCAACAUCUCGGCCCGCACCUUUGAGGUGUGCAUUCUCGGCGAGGGCGGCUUCACCUACACGCAGGAGACCGCCUCCACGGCGCUCUUCUUCCGUGGGCUGCUGCCGGACGCGGUGUACACGGUGCACGUGCGCGCUCUCUUUGGGCAGUCCGACCAGUGGGGUCUGUGGGCCACGCAGGCCUUCCGUACGAAGCCGCGCCUGCGUGUCACCUUCGGCAACAUCGGCGACCACUUUGUGAUGCUGGAGUGGCGCCGGCAUCUGCCGAAACCGACGGAGACGGAGCUGCGCCUCACCUUCGACGAGGACGACAGCGGCGACAACAAUUGUGAGGACAGCAAGACAAUGGCGAGUCUGAUAGGGGCUGGGGGGGCGGGGUGGGGGCGCGGAGAACGGCGCCCUCGUGCCGGUGGGCGGGGCAGACGGACUUGCCUCAGUCACAACGGCAGCCACGUCGUUGCGUGGGAGUCGCGGGCGCGCAGUGGUGACAGGGGCGCCGGCGGUGGUUGCUGGACCGCUCCUCUCGAUCGCGGAGACGGAGGAUGUCGUCCAGCUCUACCGCUUCAAGGUGCAGCGCAUUGGCGAGGCGCACUCCGUCAUCUACAACAUUGCCCCCACCGUGAGCAGCUUCCGCCUGCGCGAUCUGCAGCCGUCAUCGGAGUAUCGGGUGUGGGUGUGCGCGAAGAGCUACGAGGGCGUGUGGGGCUUCUGGAGCGAGGAGUCGCGCGUGCGGACGCUGCCGCGGCUGCAGCUGGAGGUGCAAAACAUCGGUGA